UUCUCCUCCUCCUCCUCCGCCGCCGUCUCCUCCGCCGCCAUCUCCUCUUCCUCCUCCUCCUUCCUCCUCCAUGUCUUUUUCCGGCCAAUGUCCACCGAUUUCCCCCACUCUUCUUUCUCCCCUGAAGAACACUCCACUCCUCCUCUCACCAUUAUCCUCACUCUCAUCCUCCUCGCCUUCCUCCUCGUCGGCUUCUUCUCCAUCUACUUCUGCCGCUGCAUCAUGGACUCCCUCCUCCACUCCCGCAACCUCCGCCGCUCCCCAUCCGGCAAUAUCCUCCACCCGUCCGCCGAUUCCCCCACCGUCCCUCCCGGCCUCGACCCACUUCUCAUAAACACCUUCCCCACCUUCCCAUAUUCCGGCAUCAAGGAAUUUCGCAGCGACAAAUUCGGAUUAGAAUGCGCCAUUUGCUUACUUGAAUUCGACGACGACAGCUUCCUUCGCCUCCUCACUGUCUGCUGCCAUGUCUUCCAUCAAGAAUGCAUUGAUCUCUGGCUUGAAUCCCACAAAACCUGCCCUGUUUGUCGCCGGAAUCUUGACUCCGAUUCCACCAGAAACUCCGCCGAUAAGCCCCCUGAUUCCGAUCAUGACAACCCACCACGCAGUACCCAUCAUGAAUCAAUCGAAGAUGCUAUUAGUAUUGACAUUGACGACGACGUCGACGACGAUGACAACGCCGACGCCGACGACGACGACGAUCGCCGGUCUGGUUCGAACAGAGGAAAACAGAGUAUAAAAAUAGAGGAGGCGGAGGACGACGGUAUCAAGAAAUUCUCGAGGUGCCAUUCGACGGGGCAUUCGAUUUUGAAGGCGAGAAGGGAAGAUGAUGAUCGGUAUAAGUUGAGAUUGCCGGAACAUGUAAAGAUUAAGAUGAUUAGAGGGCAUAAUUGGACGGGGAGUUGUGUGACUUUUGAUGAAUUCUUACGAAAUCCUGGGAAUGCUGGUGGGUUCUCGGAGCUAUCUGAAUCUGAUGAUCGAAUUGAUCUGCAGAAGCCGCCAUGAUUGAGUUUCUUGAGUUUAAUUCUUCUCUUUCUCUCUAUCAGUUUUGAUUUGAUGUAUUGAGUUUUGUAUCCAUUAAAGAGUUUUGAUUCGUUUUCUUUACAACAGGGUAGUCGUUUUUUGUUUAGGUUCUUUAUCGAUUGCUCUAGAAGAUUACAAAAAUUAUUCAAUGAGAUUUGAAUCUUUUUGUUUAGGUUAUUUAUUGAUUUUCUAAUCCUACGGGAUAUAAGCUCUA